AUGUCACAACGAUAUAUAUUAACAUCAAAUAUAUCACAAACAGAUAUUAGUAAUGAUGUACAUGAAAUAGAUGUUAUUGAAGAAAGUGUAGGGUCAUAUCGAAAUGAUUUAUUGAGUGGAUCAUAUCCAAUUAAAGUUAUGGCUUAUAAAGUAGAUACACCAUUAUCAUUAUCAGCAACGACAAGUGUUAAUAAGUCAUUGAAUUAUACAGUUGAAUUACAUAUUGGUGAACGAGAAAAAAUUGGUCAGGGUACAUUUGGAAAAGUUUACAAAGCAAAACUAAUUACAACACAAGAAAUUGUUGCUAUAAAAGAAGUUGAAAUUGAAGAAAAAUUUAAAUCUCGAGAAUUAGAUAUACUUAAAACAAUGAUUCAUCCAAAUAUCGUUCGAUUAAAAUAUUUUUUUCAUUCAUCAUCAAUAAAAGAUACUUUAUGUCUUAUUAUGGAAUAUAUGCCAAUGAGUGCUCAUCGAUUAAUAUCAAAUUAUCG